UCUCUCAAUGGAGGCGUCGAUGGAGGUCGACGUGGAGAACUCCGGCGCUGCUUCCGACUCUUCUCCUUCUUCCAAGUGCCUUGGCCUCAAGAACACCAUCCACACCAACUUCGGCGAAGACUAUGUCUUCCAGAUCGCCUCCUGCCAGGAGACGUCGUCCUUGGCGGUGUCUCUUUCAUCCAACGCCAUCAAGUUUUACUCCUCGGCGACUGGACAGUUUAUCGGAGAGUGCAAAGGGCAUUCUGCGACGAUCCAUGAGGUCUCGUUCUCGAUUCCAGGUCAUUCCAAUGCAUUGGGGUCUUGCUCGUCUGAUGGCACUGUCAGAGUUUGGGACACCAGGGCGUUUAAGCAGGUUUCACUGCUGAGAACUGGCUCCUCACAAGAAAUAUUUAGCUUUUCUUUUGGUGGGUCAAGUGGUAAUCUUCUAGCUGCAGGCUCAAAUGCACAGAUACUUUUUUGGGAUUGGAGACAUGGAAAGCUUGGAGCAUGCUUGGAGGAGUCCCACAUGGAUGAUGUUACUCAGGUACGCUUUGUUCUUAGUCAACAAAGCAAGCUCAUUUCUUCCUCUGUUGAUGGGUUGAUGUGCUUGUUUGAUACUGAUGGACAAAUUGAUGAUGAUGACCAUUUGGAAUCAGUAAGUAGGACUUCUGUUGCAAAAGUUGGGUUCUUUGGGUGA